AUGGAUAAUAACUACACGGACACGGAUACUGUCGACGUUACUAUCGAAAUCGAUGACGAAGUUGCUCAGGGUAUAAACGCCAAAGAAGUGAGUUCAAGAAAACAGGGACCAUGGAUCCGACCACCACUUCGACUGGAAGACGUUCAUAUUCGUAGUGUGAACUCACUGAGUAUCGGUAGGCUCAGCAAUGAAGCUAUUGCACUGCUCACUUCUCAUCUGAAUAUGCCUUCCUACGGAUCGCUCAAGAACUGGGACUCUGUCGGUAUUUAUCUCGGGAUGUCCGACAAUGAAAUAAUGUCACUUCGCCAAGAUGCUCGACCUAUGGAAGCUGUAUUUGAGCAGGUGUCAACACCAACCUGCCAAGCAACUUAUUAA